AUGUUCUGGGCGCAACUUGCAGAAGACUUGAGGGCUCACCGGAAUCCAGAUCAUGAAGACACGAGGGCUCAGGAUGCACAAUUCCUUCUGUCAUUGGCUGCAAAAAUCUUGGUAAUGCAUGCAUCGUCAUUCCAUCGCCGGAUUGUUUUGCCAACUGAAACUUACCCUUUGUCUUUGCUACGCUUGUCAAGCUGUAACCAACCAACAGUACAACGUCUUGCAAGCGAUUUGCUGAAAGCUGAUGUGGGCAGCUUGGAGCACAAUGCUGCGAAACUUCGAGCGCGUUUUGGCGAAGAACUCCGAGCCGCAUCACUGUCGGGCCAGCUACUCCCCCGUCUCCGACUUUUCAGUGAUGAGUUGAAGCGGAUCUGGAGAGCAGACGUUCGCGACAGUGAACGGACCAACAAAACAAUCAGCUUGCUUGCGGAGAGGAAAUGGAGUCUGUUUCGGCCAGUAGCCGAGUCUCUCAAGAAUGUUUGCAUGGCUGGCUGGGAGGUGAAGGAGGAAGUGAUGUCAGAUCCACAGCGCUUUGUUCCUCCAUCUGCUGAUCCGAACACUCCGACUUUGGCCCAAGCGAAGAAGAAGUAUCAAGAACUGAUUGGCAAAAAGAACAUGACUGCUACUGAAAAGUGGGCAGUUUGUGUGAAUAUGGCAAUGAAGAGUCAUUUGGAUGGAUCCACGGCAAGUGAUUGCAUAGCUGUCAUCGUUUGCUUUGGGCAAAGGCAACGUGCUGCUGCUACACAAUUUACACCCUACUUGGUGGCUGAACAAGUCAGAACAUCUUUGCGGUUGCUGCGAUGCGAGCUUGACAUUGGAAACAACACCAGAAAUGUGUUCAUCAAAUUGCCCUUGCAGUUUUCCACCUCACAUGACGUUAUUGCUGGCCUCUAUGAUUCAGUUCGAACUGGUGCUUCGGUGGAAGUCUUUGCUUUGGGUGUGCAGCAUUUUGGUGAACAUGGAAAUAUUUGUCAGGCAUGUGUUGGGGCUUUGGAGAAGCUGAUGACCAUAACAAAACCUGGACAGGCGUUCCUUCGAAGGACAUCGAAAACCAACAGCAACACCGACACCAACAAGAGACAUGAACAACCCGACCAGCCUGCCAAAGCAGCGUCAGGGCAGUCUGAGCAGCAGAAUGAAACAGGUGUCAAACAUGGAGAUGCGGGUGAGGCUGGUGAGGCUGAUGAGGCUGAUAUGGCUGAAGAAGGAUUGGAGUUAUUACUUGAAGAGGCUGAGAAGGCCGCAAGCGAAGAAGUUCCUCUUUCUGCUGAGCAUCGUCACGGAGCUCAUGAGGCUCAUGCCAAGUCUGCUGAGGCUGAGGCUGAUAUUGCUGAUGACGAGUUUGAGUUGGCUGAUUCCUUUUGUCGGGCCGAGUUGGGUCUGGGCUUUGGCAUUGAUAUUGAGGUGAGUCAGGAUUCACAAUUUGCUGCUGAAAUGAUGUACGAGACAGAUGAGCAUUUGGCGGAGAAGUUGGAAAAGAAAAUUGUUGAAGACGUCAAGAAAAAGAUCAAGUCAUCAACAAAGAAAGAGCUUUUUGUACGAUCCGAAGACGUAGAUGCUGCGUUAGCUGAUGAUGGCUCCCUCACCAUUGAGCAGGCUAUGCAUGAAGCGAUGCUGAAUGACUCAGUUGUGUGUGGCAACACUCCUGGUGUCCUCACAAUACCCACUGCCACAGACUCCACGGAUGCUCCAGGCCAAGGGUGCAAGGGCCAAGGGCUGGGUACAGUACUGUCUGUAAGUCCGUAG